AUGGCCGACACCACUUCCCCCAAUUCCAUUUCCGUCACUCUGAAGGACGUUGCCAAGAUGAUCGACCACUCGCUGCUGCAUCCGACCAUGACCGAUGCUGACAUCGACGCUGGCCUCGAAAUCGCAAAGAAGUAUGGCGUUGCUACCGCGUGCGUGAAGCCUUACCUCAUAUCGCGGGCGAAAGAAGCGUUGGCCGGGUCGGACGUCCUGGUCUGCCCCGUCGUUGGCUUCCCGCAUGGCAACAGCACCACUGAAGUCAAAGUCUUUGAGGCUACCAGAGCUGCAUCAGAGGGCGGCAAAGAGAUAGACAUGGUCAUCAACAUCGGCAAGGCCCUGGGCGGCGACUGGGAGUACGUGGCUGACGAGAUCAAGCAGAUCAACGAAGCCGUUGUGCAGCACGGUGCCGUCCUCAAGGUCAUCUUCGAAAACGACUAUCUCGAGGAGCGUCAUAUCAUCCGGCUGUGCCAGAUCUGCUCUGACGUUGGCGUUGCCUUUGUCAAGACGUCAACUGGGUACGGCUUCGUCAAGCAGUCGAACGGACUGUAUACAUAUGCGGGGGCUACUGUCCCGCAUCUUAAGCUGAUGAGACAGCACUCGAAGCCCGAGGUUCAAGUGAAGGCAGCUGGUGGCGUUCGCACACUGGACGAUGUGCUACAUGUUAUGUCGCUCGGCGUCACUCGGAUCGGAGCGACUGCUACUGUGGCGAUCAUGGAAGAGGCGGCGUCGAGGGGCAUUACGGACGAGCCAUCGCGCGUCCACUUUAAGCCCAUGGCCGACUCAUCAUUGGGAGGAUACUAG